ACCUUGCCAUACCUGGACCCUCCCAUCUCCCACCUACCUACUACCAUCACCACACUCUUCAAGAGAGAGCAUUUCUUCUGUUCCUUUUGAAAUCUCGAUCGAUCCCUUUCUUUCAAUGGCUAAGGUAUUCACUCUUGCUGAGGUUUCUGAGCACAACAACAGCAAGGAUUGCUGGCUUGUCAUUGGUGGAAAGGUUUAUGACGUGACCAAGUUCUUGGAAGAUCACCCUGGUGGGGAUGAAGUUAUAAUAUCUUCGACAGGAAAGGAUGCAACGGAUGAUUUUGAGGAUGUCGGGCACAGCGCCAGCGCGAAGACGAUGAUGGAAGACUUUCUCGUUGGUGAGAUUGACGCAUCCACCAUCCCCUCCAAGAAGACUUACACCCCUCCCAAGCAGCCUCAUUACAACCAGGACAAGACAUCAGAGUUCAUCGUCAAACUCCUCCAAUUCUUAGUCCCUUUGGUCAUCUUGGGCUUGGCCGUUGCCCUCCGUUUCUACAUCAAAUCAGAGACCUAGGUUUCUUGUUAGAUUCCUAUCUCUAAUAAGUUUGUGUAGCCUCUGAGACAGAAAGGGUGUCUGGUAUUGAGGGAGUGCUUGUAUUCUGUCAAACUCGAUUCUUUCUUGUUUGCUUCAAUCACUGUCUUAAAUCUUUA